GCAGAAGAAGAUAAACCGUGACGAAGACCCGCGUUGAAAACGAGCUUUUAAUUAAAGUCACAAGUUAUUGUCAUGCGUACUUGGUGUGAUACUUUAAACAGCGCAAUACUGCAGUUUCCUCAAAACCAUAUGUCCACUUCUUCCUUCUUUUUUUCACGUCUUCCUUGCGGUUUGCAGGCGAAGCUGGAACUAAACAGUUCAGGAAAGUUUGCUGCUGGUGAGAUUUAUAUCGGGUAAUAAAAAUAAAAUAUUUUAGACUCCACAAUGGCAGACAGAAGGACUUUCAACGUGUUGGUUUUGGGUUUUGGGUUUUUAUUCAUUUUCACCGCCUUCACCACCUGUGGGAAUGUUGAACAAACUGUGAUUAAAAGCCUGGAGAAUGGCACAUUUACAGGAAGCGGGUACCACAGUCUCGGAAUCAUCUACGGGGUAUUUUCCUUCUCAAAUUUGCUUGCACCAGCAGUUGUUGCUGUAAUUGGACCUAAAAUUACGAUGUUUUUGAGCGGCCUACUUUACAGCGGUUACAUCGCCGUGUUCAUUGCCCCGUCAGCAUGGUCCUUUUACUUCACCUCUGUGCUGAUUGGCGUUGGAGCAGCAAUGCUGUGGACAGCUCAAGCACAGUUUCUGGUGGAAAACUCUGAAGCUUCAACCAUCAACAGGAACACAGGGAUGUUCUGGGCUCUGCUGCAGUGCAGCAUGCUGUUUGGGAACCUUUACAUUUACUUGGAUUGGAAUGGAAGAACAGAAAUAUCAGACAGCAGCAGGAGAAACAUUUUCACGUCCCUGCUGGUUGUCUCCAUUCUCGGUACGCUCAGCUUCCUGGUGCUGAGAAGGAUCCAUCAGGAAGAGGAGAUGCUGAGUGAAGAGGAAGGACAGGCACUGCUCUCAGCGCGCACCAUGUAUACACAAAGAGCAAACACUGCCAUACAGGACGCCAAAUUGGAAUUCAGAGCCAUCCUGCAGCUUCUGAAGACUAAGACUCUGCUGCUCCUGAGCGGCUGCAUGGCGUACAGCGGCCUGGAGCUGGCGUUUUACAGCGGCGUGUACGGAACCUGCAUCGGAGCGACUGCUCAGUUUGGAGACGCGGCUAAAGGACUCAUUGGGCUCUCUGGGAUUGUGGUCGGCGUUGGCGAAAUCGUGGGUGGAGGCCUUUUUGGAUUGUUGUUUAAGAAUAGUCGCUUCAGGCGGACCUCGGUGGUGUUUCUGGGAAUGAUUGUCCAUUUCAUUGCUUUCUACUUAAUCUUCCUCAACAUGCCGGACGAUGCCCCCGUUGUCGUUAAAACCACCACUCAGGACCCGUCCUACCUGACACCAAGCGUGGCCAUUGCUUUGCUGUGCAGCUUCUUGCUUGGACUCGGUGACAGCUGUUUCAACACGCAACUCUACAGCAUAUUGGGCCAUGCUUACGCAGAGCAAAGCGCACCUGCAUUUGCCAUCUUUAAAUUCAUCCAGUCUGUUUUUGCAGCAGUGGCAUUCUUCUACAGCGGUUAUCUCCUGCUGAUGUGGCAGCUCUUGCUCAUGGUCAUUUUGGGAUUCCCAGGGACACUCUGUUUCUUUGUGGCAGAGCGGAUACAGAAUGUCUCUGUAGAUUUACAAGAACCUUAGAAAGAAAACCUUUUAAUGACACUGUUGGCUGAAUCUCUGGAACAAUUGUUAAAAAGGAAAACCCUUUAAAGUUCAUAUAGCGAUGAGUUUUACAAUCCACUGAAGGUCAAGCAACCCAGUGUUUGUAAAUUGAAAAAAAAAAAAAAAAGCAUCAAAUAAUUCCUUAAGUUUCCACUACACAUUUAAAAAUAACUACUCGCACCUAUAUACAUCACUUCCUGCU